AUGCCCAAUCCUGGAUUUGUGCCGUUGUCGGCAGAUCACGAUGCAGAGGAGGGGAACGAGAUCAUCGACAGUGUUACUCGAGCCGAAUUCGAGGACACGCAAAGGGAGAACCGUGAGUUCCGGCGCCGCCUUAUGGAGUAUGAGAACGAGCGACGCAACAUGCAGCGGGCUGCGGCGAACUCACCGCCCAACAAUGGAGGAGAGGGCAGCAGCAACCCGGCAAACUCCCCCAACAUUGACCCUGCCGAGGAUGCGGCGCCGGAUGGGAGCGGGCAGGCAGGUGCGGGUGGGAACGCAACGCGCAAUGACGGCGUGGCAGCUGCUACUAUGCUGCCGCCGGUCCCCAGCGUCCUUCGUGUGGAGCCGAACCGAAAUGCCAUCCAAAACGCGGUGAAGCUGGCGCACAAGCGAGGCGUCAUACUGGACCUGCAACAACUGUCAAGCAUGCAGCUGACGUGGGCUCACCGCUACGCCGCCGCCUUGGCGGGCGUCCCUGACAUGCACAACGGUUUUAAGGGAGCGGCGAAGCGUGCAGUGGAAAUCAUGUACUUCGAGACGCCCGAUGUCGACCUUGAGUAUUGGACGCCGCGAGACACCAACAUCACUGCACUUUGCACCGCUAUCGGUAUCACCGACGCCGACUAUGUGGCGAAAGUGCGGCUGGUCAUGGAGAAUGAGAAAACGCGCCCGGGCCACCUCAGAAAGCAGCAGCAGGAUGCCCGCAACAAGGUCCACACAAUGGGCCGUGUGAUGCUGUACGAGCGCUUCGAUAUCCGCAUUGCUCGACCGGAUCGCGGGAGGGAAGUGGUCGGAACCCUCUCUCCUGGAGCCUUUUGUGCCGAAUAUUUUGCUGAUGCGACUUCAUGGGGCUUGCUGAAGUGGCACUUCAAUGACGAUGGCCUGCCAUUCUCAACAGACUUCUUCACUGCUGCAGUAUUCCACUCGUUUCAGAGGCCGGGGCACUCCUUUGUGGUGCUCCGAUUCAAUCAACUUGCCUUUUUUCUGCUGGGG